AUGUCUGAGAUACCAAAGAAACAGAAUAUCCAAACCGCCCCGACUCCUCAAAACACCCCUGCCAAUAAUGCUCCGAUCUCUUCCCACGCUCAGCAGCCCGGUGUUGGCACGAUUAAAGAAGAGGACUUCGACCGUGCCGCGGCCGCUUCCAUCUUUGCGCAAAACCCAAAGCUUGUCCAGAUGAUACAGGGCAAGCUUGGUUCCCUCGUCGGACGGUCGUCGGGCUACGUUGAAUCUCUCCCCGCCCCUGUCCGCCGUCGCGUCGCUGGCCUGAAGGGUGUACAGAAGGAGCACUCAAAGCUGGAGGCUGAGUUCCAGGAGGAGGUUCUAGAACUGGAGAAGAAAUACUUUGCCAAGUUCUCCCCGCUAUACGAGAAGCGCUCUCAGGUUGUGAAUGGCAAGGCUGAGCCCACCGAGGAGGAGGUCAAGGCUGGCGAGGAAGAUGAGGAGAAUGAUGCUACAGAUUCAACUGCAAAGUCUGAUGAAGGUGGUGAUAGCGUCAAGGGUAUCCCAGAGUUCUGGCUGUCUGCUAUGAAGAACCAAGUUUCUCUCGCCGAGAUGAUCACCGACAGAGAUGAGGCUGCCCUCAAGGAUCUGGUUGACGUCCGGAUGGAGUAUCUUGAUAAGCCAGGCUUCCGUUUAAUCUUCGAGUUUGCUGAGAACGAGUUCUUCACCAACAAGACGAUCACGAAGACCUACUUCUACCAGAACGAGAGCGGCUACGGAGGGGAUUUCAUUUACGACCAUGCUGAGGGUGACAAGAUCGACUGGAAGACCGGCAAGGAUUUGACGGUCCGUGUUGAGAGCAAGAAACAGCGCAACAAGAACACCAAGCAGACUCGUGUUGUCAAGAAGACCGUUCCAACCGAAUCAUUCUUCAACUUCUUCUCCCCACCCAUGGCACCUACGGAUGAAGAUGAUGACGAUGCCGCAAGCGAUAUUGAGGAGCGUCUUGAACUCGAUUACCAGCUGGGUGAGGAUAUUAAGGAGAAACUGAUCCCCCGUGCUAUUGAUUGGUUCACUGGCGAAGCCCUUCAAUUUGAGGAGUUGGAUGAUGAUGACUUGGAGGAGGGUGAUUUUGAGGAUGAAGACGAUGAGGAAGAUGAGAGCGAGGAUCAUGAUGAUGAGGAUGAGUCUGAUGAUGACGAUGAUGCGGCGAAGCCAAAGCAAGAGGCUGCUGAGUGCAAGCAGAGCUAG